AUGGCCGAAAAGCCGCAGCGGGCUCCUCGCGCCCCAGCAACAGCGAGCAACUUGGAUGUCGCCGAGCUCUCUAAGGAUUUCGAGAAUUUGAUGCGAAGCAAGAGAUUCAAUGAUUUCCAGCAACAGUCACAGAACAAUUCGCGCACAGGGUCUCCGGCCCCGUCACAAUCCUCGCAUCUAUCCACACUGUCGCCCGCCGCUCGACGUCUGCCUAUUAUGCCACAACAUCCGCAAGAAACUGCGUCGGUCAAGUUUUGCAAUCUACUCCGUGUGCUGUCUGUAACCCCGACAAAAUACGAGAACCCAGGCCUGUUGGAUGAGGCUCUGACCGUGAUCCCACUGGAUCGAUUGUAUGCCGAGGCCGAUGACGACCACCAAAUCCACCAGGCGCAGAGUGCAAGUGUCGGGAAGAAGCCGCAAUGGGGAUACCAAGAUUUCGUCAUUCAGUCGUUACUAAAAUGGUUCAAGAACUCUUUCUUCACUUGGGUGAACAAUCCGCAAUGUUCCCGAUGUUUCAUGCCCACCAUCGCUUACGGAAUGGUCCCUCCCACCCCGGAUGAAACUGCACGAGGUGCUACGCGAGUGGAAGGUUACAAGUGUUCGGGCUGUGGUACCUUGGAGCGAUUCCCACGUUACUCGGAUGUCUGGCAACUCCUGCAGACCCGAUGCGGUCGAGGAGGCGAGUGGGCCAACUGCUUCACUAUGCUUUGCCGAGCAUUAGGGAGCCGAGUCCGAUGGGUGUGGAAUUCGGAGGACCAUGUUUGGACUGAGGUGUAUUCGGAACACCAAAGGAGGUGGGUGCACGUCGACGCUUGUGAAGGCAUGUGGGAUAAGCCCCGCCUCUACACAGAAGGCUGGGGUUGGAAACUUUCUUAUUGCAUUGCAUUUUCUAUCGAUGGAGCCACCGACGUGACUCGCCGCUACGUUCGCAAUGCUUCCAAACACGGCGCGAAGCGAAAUCGAGUUCCCGAGGAUGUGCUAUUAUGGGGAAUCUACGAGAUCAGAAGAUUACGGCGCGAGAAACUUUCCGAACAAGAACUGCGGCGAUUGCGAAAAGAGGAUGAGCGGGAAGAGCGAGAGCUGCGCAUGUUCACCACAACUGCACUAGCAGCAGAGAUCACAGCGCUAUUUCCAGGCUCGUCGCGGCUCAUCCGGGGAGACGAGCAAAAAACACCUCUCACACAAGACGAAGAUGCCGCGCAAUGGGUCCAUCCCAGGCAGCAGAGUGGAAGCGAAAAUACAGGCCCAGAUGGUCGCCGAUAA